AACCCACAGCAAUACAACUGGAAAAACAGACGUCAGGCUAAUACAGCUACUAGUUCAUGUCAGGAAAAUUACUCUUUAUAUUCACGUUGUUCAUAUUCAUGGAUGAACACGAAUGAACAAGCGGAAAACAAAACGCAUUGGAGAAGGAGCAUGAUGAGUGUGCUGGGCUGUAGCUGUCGUAGCUAGUCACACGGUGGGUGGGAGGGGAGGGGAGUCCAUCCGCACCACCAGCAACACUGCACCAUGGCGAAACCCGGGGCCGACAGAGAUGGAUCCAUGGUGGACAAACCGACUGGGAAGAAGAGCAAAGAUGAGAUUUCCCUCUUCACCAAGACUCCGAAGCUUGACCGCAGUGAGUUUCUGGGGGGGAAGGAAGGGAAACCACCCAAGUCUAUCAUGAAACGCAAACUGUCCUUCACCGUGAGCCCCCCUCGCAACAAGGAGAGGGAAUCAGACACAGAUGAGUCAGACCCAGGCCAGUCCACUGAGUCCUGGGGAGAGUCUGAAGGGAGGUUAGUGGCUCCCUGCAGGAUGUGUUUAGCAGAUAAAGAUGGCCCGGAUAAGAAGAAAGUCAAGAAGGAGUCUGGGGGGAGUAAGAAGGCCCCGGUUAAUCUCCUGUUUGGCUACCCGCUGUCGGAACGCAAGCAGAUGGCCCUCCUGAUGCAGAUGACCGCCAGGGACAACAGCCCAGACUCAACGCCCAACCACCCGUCCCAGGCCCCCCCGGUGCAGAAGAAGCUCCCCAGCAGCACGGCCUCCAGAGCGAGGGACAAGGUGAACAAGAGGAACGAGCGUGGCGAGACGCCGCUACACAUGGCCGCCAUACGAGGGGAUGCCAAGCAUGUCAAGGAGAUCAUCAGCCUGGGAGCAGAUGUCAACGUCAAAGACUUCGCAGGCUGGACCCCUCUUCACGAGGCGUGUAACCUCGGUUACUACGACGUGGCCAAGGUUCUGAUCGCGGCCGGCGCAGAAGUCAACACCCAGGGUCUGGAUGACGACACACCGCUCCACGAUGCCUCCAGUAGUGGACAUACAGACAUUGUGAAGCUGCUGCUGAGACAUGGAGGCAAUGCGUUCCAGGCCAACAAGAGAGGGGAGCGGCCCGUGGACAUCGCUGAUUCCCACGAGCUGGAGCUCCUCCUAAAGGGAGAGGUGCCCCUCUCAGACCCAGAGGACAGCUCCUCAGAGUCUGAAGACCCUCCUUCGGUUAACCCCUCAAGUGUGGACGUGGAUGAUGACAACAUGGAUGACUCUGACAUGGAGAAAGUCUCCGAAGGCAAACGGAGCACCGUGAAGGCCUCACCCCCCAUGUCUGGCCUGGACGAGUAUGAGUUCAAAGACGACGAGGAGGAAGAAGAAGAAGACCUGAGUAAAGCCCUGAACGACAGACACAUCCUCCGGAGAGAGCUGAGGCAGGAAGAGAAGGAGAGCGGUAAAAGAGACGGAAGCGUCUCAGUCCAGUCCUCGAAGUCUAAGAAGACGAAGACGUCCUCCCGUGUCCUGUAUUGCACCUCGGAUAGUUCCAGUGAUGAGAUGGAGAUGCCGUCAGAGCGAAAGAGCUCUCCGACCUGUUCCCACGGCUCGGAGGGACACAAGGCGUCAGACGCCAGCAGGACGAAGAAAGAGAACCUCACGACUUCCGAAAAGAAAGACAAAGGAAGCAAAGUAAAGAAGAAGAACAAGAGCAAGAGUAAGAACAAGGAGAACCAGGAGGAUGGGAAGGAAAACAGCAAAGCUCUGGUGUUCUCCGUAGCCACCGUGUCUGUGUCGGAGACGCACGCGGACAAGAACAACCGGGGACUCUGUGGGGACGAAGACUCGUUCAAGAUGUCCUUCAGUCCCAAGGAUGACUCAUCCGUCCACCUAUUCCAUCUGUCUGCCACCGUCAAGUCCCCCAAGCUCAACCACGGCCUGGCCGACAAGCAGCCGUCCUCCAACCCGCUCAAACAGGAGAACGCCAAGAUGACGUGCGUCUCGAUUGCCGAAGGCCCCUGUCCGCCGGAUGGUGUCAAGUACAACCACUACAACCCAGAGUCUGAGUUCUGCACGGAGAGCUCCAGUAGUAAAGGAUGCAAGCACAAGGAGAAGAGCAAGCACCACCAGAAUGACGUCAUCAUGGACGCUGGUGGUGGUGCGGGGGUGGAAGAUGGAGGCUCCAGUCCGUAUAAUAAAGAUGGCGGCGUUGCCAACAGCGUGGACAUCUCUGAAGGUGGUGCCUUACGGAAGACGGAUAAGGAUGGCAAGGUGGUCAAGAAGCACAAGUUAAAACACAAGGAGAAGGACAAGCCCAGGAGGGAGUAUGAGCCAGAGAGGAACCGCCACCGGCAGAAGGAGGGCGGCAGAAAGGACGGCCACAGGAACCUGGAGUUCGACCGGGAGUUCUGGAAAGAGAACUUCUUCAACGACGACGACCCUUUGCCUCCAGGGAAAAUGGAAAGGGAGGACUGCGGAUCUCCUCAGAAUACUUCAACGUCGGGCAGCUCUCCUGUGAAGGAAGAGAGAAAAGAGACGAAAGAAAAACACCCCACAAGCAUCAGCAGCAGGGAGAAAAGGCCGAGAAGAGAAGAGGAACGCUUGAAGAAGGAGAGGAAAGAGACCUCGGCUGUCUGUAAAGAGGAGAGGGCGGGAAAGGACGGGAAGCUCAGUGAGCGUGAGGAAAGGACUGAGUGCCUAAGCUCUGUACGGGUUUCGGUUCCUGAGGAGACGCAGCGUAACUCCACCAGUGUGAAUGACGAACCGGAGGAGAAACCGUCAACGGGGACCAUGUCUACAGCUGAUUCAGACCAGCUGGAUGCCUCUGAGAAAUGCCGCCGGGACAAAUACGACAGGAGGCCUUCUGUAAAGGAACGUGAGGUUGACAAGACUGCUAAAAAGCAUCCCGACAGAGAAAAGAAAGUCAAGAUUGAGCACCCUGAGAAAUCAGAGAAUUCACAGAAUUCCAUGGAUCGCUGGAAAGAGAGGGAGAAGGAAAGGAUGGCAUCCCCUGGUGACAAGAACCAUAAAGAGAUCGAGAAGCUCAGAGCCUUGUCCUCGACUAAAAAAUACGAGGAGAGCAAGGACAAGAAGAGCAAAGACAAGCCAGAUAAGAGGAGUGACAGGGAGAGGCAGGAGAGGGAGUACAACGCGGGAGAACACAAAGACAGGACAAGCUUUGAUAAGAAAGGAAAACCACCUUUAGAGAAUUCCAUGGACCACAGUAAAGCCGAUCGCUCUAAGGAAAAGGAGAAAGACAAAGACUGCGAUAAGAGGAAAAGGGAAAAAUCUAAAGACAGCGCUUCCUCAUCUUCCUCCUCCUCUUCUAACCUGAAGCUCCUCUUGGAGGAGAAGGGCUAUGUGUCUGAAAGUUGCAAGACAUUGCCAGCAAAACUACUAAAGACAGAGGACCUCCCAAAGACGCCAGAGAAAGACCGAGACAGGAGAGACCGAGAAUCCAGAGACUCGGACAAGCACCGAGAUCGGGACAAAGACCGUUCCAAGGACCGUUCCAAGGAGGGUGGCAAGGCCAGUAAGACCAAACCCAACGAGACGGAGACUGACCGAGACAACCGGUCCAAAGCUAAAGCCUCGCCUGCCACCCGGGAAGAGCAGAAGCCCAAAGAGAAACGUCUGGUCAACGAAGACCUGAGGCAGACCAGCUUCGAACGCAUGCUGAGUCUGAAGGACCAGGAGAUUGAACAGUGGCACCGGAAGCAUCUAGAAAAGAUCAAACAGAAGGAGCGGGAGAGGAUGAAACAACGGCCUUCCUCUACGAUGACGGACACAGGGAAGCUUAAAAGCAAAGCCAAAGCCAAGACUACGUCCUCGUCUUCUGGAGAACUGUGCUUGAGCAAAGAAUUGCUUCGCUCCAAGAGCUCUGAAGGCUCCACCGACAUUCACUGUCGGGACAGAGACAAACCACUUAAGGACAGCUCCAGCUCCAGAACCAUGUCUCUGGACGGGAAGACACUCUCCUGCCUCAGUGGGAAGCUGAUGGCUGGUAUGGAGAACAGCUUGAGCAGGUCACCCAGGCCAGAAAGCGAGCGGUCGGGUCUUAUGUCCAGGUCUGUGUCUAUGAUCUCUGUGGCCAGCUCUGAAGACUCCUGUCAGGCUACAUUGCUGACACAGAGACCUAUUGAGUACGACUCGGAUAUGACCCUGGAAACCUCCCAGGACUUUCAGCUGCCUUUCCUCCUGUCUUCCUUCCUCCCAUAUCCUGCCGUUCACGACAAAGACGACAACAGUCUUCCAGAAGAGCCGGGGCAAGGCAACCAGACUCCACUGCAGAGCAGACACGCUUCCCCUUGCCUUAGGGCUAUUCUGGACGAAGACGCUAACUGUGCGACGGCGUCUGAGUGCAAACCUAACGAAACUCUGUCCAAGGUCGCCGUGGUGCCUGCUGCUGCUCAACCCAGUGAAGAGUCCACAAGUGUUCAGCCCUUAGAAACCUGUGCGGAUCCAGAGGAGAGCCAGAGUCGAAGUGAUCCAAUUCAGAUGCUUCCGAAUCUUCCUAAUGCAAUAACAGAUGCAGAUCUCAACACUGAGCGUGAAGGGAACACCGCUUCAGGUGUCUAUCUCCCACCUCAAGCGUCCAACACCAGAGAUCCUCACGUAAAGGACUCCUCAACACAUCAACAGGCUAGUGUCCAACAGCUAGCUACACCAGAACAGAGAGGGUUUUCUUCCACCUCUGAUCCUCUCCUAAUACGGGACAUCCAGUGUAUCCCUGUGGAGACCUCCAGUGCGGUGCCUGAAUGUAGCAUGAAAGACCUUCCCUCUGAGGACAUGACGCCACUGGUGACAUUAUCUUCUCUGUCCUGUCAACUGCCGUUCUCCAGCACCGAAACCACCUCAUAUCUCUCUGCGAGCCAGUCACGGGAAACCCUUCCAAACACCAGUACGGUGACCUCACAGCCGACGAAGACGGAUAUUGAUGGAGAUCUGGUUCUUGAUUCUAACGAUAAAACUCCAGUUGAGAGUGGAGCUAGCAGCGCUGAAAACAGAGCAGCUGUAGAGAGCCUUCAGAGUGCGUUAGGAGCGUCUAGACCCGGAUGGCUGGACAACCCAGUAGCCUCCACCAGCAAACACCCACCACCCAGCGCUAGCUCAGAGGACUCCACGAUGACCACCAGCAAACCCAAGGACUCUCAAGAGGAGACGGACACUGACGGGACCAGUAAAGACUGUAAUAAAUCCAGAUUCCCCAGUGACAUUGUGGGUCAUAGCGAUCCUCAGCCGGACGAAAACCAUCCUACUGGCCAGCUUACAUCAUCCACUGUGUCGCGCUGCUCGAGCCCUGAACACAAGGAAGAAGUAGAACCUUCUGACGCUCCUGAGAAGUGGAGAGGUCCUGAGGCCAUGUCAACAGAAAAGGCUAGCUGUUGGUCUUCAUCAGAGGGCAGUAGUAUGGUCACCAUCCUCGAGCUGAAGUCAGAGCCACGCCAAGAGCCUACCUCCGAGGAGAGACCAGAAGGACAGACACCCUCGAUUGUUGGAUCAGACCAGACCCAGAGUGUUUCUGGACAGAGUUGUAACUUCCAGCAGGGCUCCCGGACAGACCAGAGUGGUAGUAGUGGUAGUUACAGCUGCAGUGGGUUUUCUGCUAGCUCUUCCCCCCUUUCUGGGGACAGAGACUCUGACUCCUCCGGGGCUAAGGCCAAGGUCCUCUCCCUAACCAUGGAAGAGGACCAGGACUUCCAGCAGACCCACCCCAGGAAGAGGAAGAUGCCCAGGUUGUCUACCUCCAACCAGGCUGGAGGCAGCAUGCAGCAGGAGUCUCUGGCGUCCAUCGUUGACUCUCUGAAGCUGGAGGAGAUUCAGCCGUACCAGACGGAGAGGGCCAACCCUUACUACGAGUUCCUGCACAUCCGUAAGAAGAUCGAGGAGAAGCGUAAAGUGUUGCUGAGCGUCGCCCCCCAGCCGCCGCAGUAUUACGACGAAUACAGGAUGUUUACAGGCUCGUACCUGCUGGACGGGAACCCGCUCAGCAAACUCUGUAUUCCAACUAUAACUCCCCCUCCGUCUCUACCGGACCAACUGAAGGAGAUGUUUAGACAACAGGAAGUUGUUCGUAUGAAGCUACGCUUGCAACACAGCAUUGAACGGGAAAAGUUGAUUGUUUCCAACGAGCAGGAAGUGUUACGAGUCCACUACCGGGCCGCCAGAACGCUAGCCAAUCAGACGCUCCCGUUUAGUGCGUGCACCGUGCUAUUGGACGCCGAGGUGUACAACAUGCCUCAGGAUGCCCAGGCAAGUGGCAUGAUGUCACGCACUGUAGAAUCAGGUGACCAAGAUGGCAAGACGUCGGUGCGGGAUCGUUUCAACGCCCGCCAGUUCAUGUCCUGGUUACAAGAUGUGGACGACAAGUUUGAGAAACUCAAGACAUGUCUUCUGAUGAGACAGCAGCACGAGGCAGCAGCUCUUAAUGCUGUCCAGCGUCUCCAUUGGCAGCUGAAGCUCCAGGAGCUGGAUCCAGUCGUGUACAAGUCCACCUCCAUCUUCGAGAUACCCGAGUUCUACAUCCCACUGGUAGAGGUCAACGAUGACUUUGACCUCACGCCCAUAUGACCCGUGACCUUUAGGAUAGGACCGGCAGUCAGGGGACCGAUGAUUAGGAAGAAUCAUCUAGUGGCCCAUCUACCGGUGAUGAGGAGAUGGCGGGAUGGAAAACGUGAGGCACUUGGAACAUGGAUAUGUGUAGAGAGCACCACUAUUGUGUGUUUGAGCAGCACUUCUCGACAUGUGGCUAUUUUACCACAGACCUCCCUCCUUUCUACACCAAGAGGCCUGGCCUUAUCCUCCCUAGUGGCAAACUGACUGCUUGUUCUGUUCUGGACAGGCCUGGAGCUCCACCAAGGCUCGGGGGCCCAGACCAUUCACUUACCCCAGGAGCUAGGGCCCGAGGCUGGGUAAAGGUUGGGGCAGCGCCAACUGCUGCUGUCUGCUGAGAAGAGAGCGCGCCAGAGAGAGACCAAGCAUGGAUACUAUUCCCUAUAUAGGGCACUAUGUGAAGUGUAUAGAAAAUAGGAUUCCAUUUCUGAUGUUUCCUAGGGAGUCGACCAUCUCUCUGCCCUCUACACCUCCUGAUGUUCUCUAUGGAGUCGACCAUCUCUCUGCCCUCUACACCUCCUGAUGUUCCCUAUGGAGUCGACCAUCUCUCUGCCCUCUACACCUCCUGAUGUUCCCUAUGGAGUCGACCAUCUCUCUACACCUCCUGAUGUUCCCUAUGGAGUCGACCAUCUCUCUGCACCUCCUGAUGUUCUCUAUGGAGUCGACCAUCUCUCUACACCUCCUGAUGUUCCCUAUGGAGUCGACCAUCUCUCUAAACCUCCUGAUGUUCUCUAUGGAGUCCACCAUCUCUCUACACCUCCUGAUGUUCUCUAUGGAGUCGACCAUCUCUCUGCCCCCUGCACCUCCCUCGUCGAGCAGGGUUACAAAACAACAGGAGAAGAAAAAAAGAAAAAAACAUUUAAAUUCAGCUUUUGUUUUUAAGUUUAUUACAUCGUACACAGACUUUGCUUUUUUAACUUAUUUUCUACAGACAGAUUGUGCAUUUGUAAAUAACCCAUGUAAUGAUGGUUUGAAACUUGUACAGAAAAAAAAUAACUAAUAAAUAUUUUGAUUGUAAAACUUUUUUUUUUUACUUUUUUUUUAGAAGUUUUCGUCUGUUUUUAAUGGACCGAAAGUUUUAUUUUUUAAAUUUUUAUUGAGUCCGUGUGCUCUUUCUCUCUGUCAAGGUCCUUGUGGUUGUUACUGUUGUUGAAAUCAAUGUUGUUGGCGUAACUCUUUGAGAAUGUCGGGGUCAGAUUCUGUUGUUCCUUUUGGUUCUAUCAUGUUUGUUUUUGUUUUUAUUCUAUUUUAUGCUGUUGCCGUUUGUAGUUCUUAUUUCCUGAUCCCAGAAGAAGCUCUACCGUGGACUGUUGUGAUGGAGGUUUAACUGAAGUCACUCAGCUCUUUCCCUUUUUGUUUUGUUCUGUCCUUUCAACAAAGUUUGUCUGAAACGGGACCCUGUUCCCUAUAUAGUGCGCUACUUUAGACCCCAAACGGGACCCUGUUCCCUAUAUAGUGCGCUACUUUAGACCCCAAACGGGACCCUGUUCCCUAUAUAGUGCGCUACUUUAGACCCCAAACGGGACCCUAUUCUCUAUAUAGUGCGCUACUUUUGACGCCAAAUGGGACCCUAUUCCCUAUAUAGUGCGCUACUUUAGACCAGGGCCCUAUGCAGGCUCUUGUCAAAAAGUAUUGCAGACCUGCCAACCUGCGUGCAGUUUGCGUAACUUAGUCAAAGUACUCUGCUAUGAAAAACAACCUUAUAAAUACAUUUGAACAGGCUUCUAGUUUGCAGAAUGAGUUUUUUUUAGGUAGUUAGCUCCUUCGCUAAGGGGUCACUACGGCGAAGGUAGUUAGCUCCUUCGCUAAGGGGUCACUACGGCAAAGGUAGUUAGCUCCUUCGCUAAGGGUCACUACGGCGAAGGUAGUUAGCUCCUUCGCUAAGGGUCACUACGGCGAAGGUAGUUAGCUCCUUCGCUAAGGGGUCACUACGGCGAAUGUAGUUAGCUCCUUCGCUAAGGGGUCACUACGGCGAAUGUAGUUAGCUCCUUCGCUAAGGGGUCACUACGGCGAAUGUAGUUAGCUCCUUCGCUAAGGGGUCACUACGGCGAAUGUAGUUAGCUCCUUCGCUCUAAGGGGUCACUACGGCGAAGGUAGUUAGCUCCUUCGCUAAGGGGUCACAACGGCGAAUGUAGUUAGCUCCUUCGCUCUAAGGGGUCACUACGGCGAAGGUAGUUAGCUCCUUCGCUAAGGGGUCACUACGGCGAAGGUAGUUAGCUCCUUCGCUAAGGGGUCACUACGGCGAAGGUAGUUAGCUCCUUCGCUAAGGGGUCACUACGGCGAAUGUAGUUAGCUACAGCAUUUAGACAACUAAGCGAGAUCACUUUCUUGCCUGCACAUUUUGAUUUCCGUCGUGGUAGUAAGUCGGCAUUAACGAGAAAAGGGAACCGUGUUGCUGAAGUUCAGUGCGCGUCGCAGUGUGGAUGGAAACAGACAUGGCAGAGAGCUGCUGUUUCCCGUUGAUAACUUUCUAUGAAGGAAGGUAUGUCAGACUGUUAAACAUUAGCAUCCAGUAACCCCUUAGCGAAGGAGCUAACUACUCAGACUGUUAAACAUUAGCAUCCAGUAACCCCUUAGCGAAGGAGCUAACUACUCAGACUGUUAAACAUUAGCAUCCAGUGACCCCUUAGCGAAGGAGCUAACUACUCAGACUGUUAAACAUUAGCAUCCAGUAACCCCUUAGCGAAGGAGCUAACUACUCAGACUGUUAAACAUUAGCAUCCAGUAACCCCUUAGCGAAGGAGCUAACUACUCAGACUGUUAAACAUUAGCAUCCAGUAACCCCUUAGCGAAGGAGCUAACUACUCAGACUGUUAAACAUUAGCAUCCAGUAACCCCUUAGCGAAGGAGCUAACUACUCAGACUGUUAAACAUUAGCAUCCAGUAACCCCUUAGCGAAGGAGCUAACUACUCAGACUGUUAAACAUUAGCAUCCAGUAACCCCUUAGCGAAGGAGCUAACUACUCAGACUGUUAAACAUUAGCAUCCAGUAACCCCUUAGCGAAGGAGCUAACUACUCAGACUGUUAAACAUUAGCAUCCAGUAACCCCUUAGCGAAGGAGCUAACUACUCAGACUGUUAAACAUUAGCAUCCAGUAACCCCUUAGCGAAGGAGCUAACUACUCAGACUGUUAAACAUUAGCAUCCAGUAACCCCUUAGCGAAGGAGCUAACUACUCAGACUGUUAAACAUUAGCAUCCAGUAACCCCUUAGCGAAGGAGCUAACUACUCAGACUGUUAAACAUUAGCAUCCAGUAACCCCUUAGCGAAGGAGCUAACUACUCAGACUGUUAAACAUUAGCAUCCAGUAACCCCUUAGCGAAGGAGCUAACUACUCAGACUGUUAAACAUUAGCAUCCAGUAACCCCUUAGCGAAGGAGCUAACUACUCAGACUGUUAAACAUUAGCAUCCAGUAACCCCUUAGCGAAGGAGCUAACUACUCAGACUGUUAAACAUUAGCAUCCAGUAACCCCUUAGCGAAGGAGCUAACUACUCAGACUGUUAAACAUUAGCAUCCAGUAACCCCUUAGCGAAGGAGCUAACUACUCAGACUGUUAAACAUUAGCAUCCAGUAACCCCUUAGCGAAGGAGCUAACUACUCAGACUGUUAAACAUUAGCAUCCAGUAACCCCUUAGCGAAGGAGCUAACUACUCAGACUGUUAAACAUUAGCAUCCAGUG